CUGACUCUGCCACCCAUGUCCUCCUCACGCGCCGUAUCCGGCCUAGAAGAAAUAGACACCGUGGUCAAUCGGCUUUCGCUGUCAAGCGUGGUGGACCUAAAAAGCGCCAUAGUGGCCCUCAACAAACACCUCAAUGCCCACAUUUCGCGAUCAGGGAAGAAGGGCGACCUAGUAGAGCGGAUGGCCGCGUCUUUACGCCGCUUGAAAACUAGCGGAGAUCUGAAGGGCUGGAAUGCUGUCCGGUCCAGUUUUAUAAGCUUGGGGAUACUCCUUUCUCUGCCUAGAGCAUCAAGCUCUGCACUGCCCGCAAAGUCUGCCCCCAUCGCUCCUCAUCUACCGGGAAGCAUUUCAGCGCCCGUCCGAAAAAACUUUGUGUCGACGGACCCAUUUCGCUUCAAACCAUCGCCUUUUUUCAGCGUCGAGGAGACAGUAUCGACAGUUUACGAAUGUCCAGAAUCUUACAACGCGCAAGAUCGCCGUGAAGCUUUCCUGAAAUUUUCACUUACCCCAGCCCAACUCGCGAAACUCAAUACCCCCAACUCCACUUAUCAAGUCCGCCUGUUUUGCACGAGUUCCAAGUUCUACUCCGCUCACCGUGCCACCAAUCCCGACUUACCAAUCGAGUUCCCAUCAACAUGCGAAGUCUUUAUCAACGAUGUCCAGCUCAAGUCAACCGCGUUAAAGGGCAUGAAGAAAACACCUGGAACCGCUCCACCCCCCGAUCUCGGUGUCGGUACUUUGGGUCCAGGGCCGAAUGUCGUGAGGAUGAUCUAUAUAAAUCAUUCCCCGGUCGGCACCCAGGUCGAAUAUAAGCGAUUCUAUCUCGUUGCACAGUUGGUCAAAACGCAGUCUGUCAACUCGCUUGUCAAUACUCUUGUCGCCAACAACUUCGUUCCCGCAGACCGCAUUCGUCAAAAGAUGAUUUCUACGGCGAGUGAAGACGACGAUAUCAUUGCUGGGACACUGAAACUGCCUCUCAAAUGCCCCCUGAGCUUCGCCCGCAUUGCCCUGCCCUGUCGCUCUUCUAGAUGUGCUCAUUCUCAAUGCUUCGAUGCUACGUCUUGGUAUGCUGUCAUGGAACAAACUACGACAUGGCUGUGUCCUAUAUGUGAAAACGUACUCGAUUGGCGGGACCUCAUCAUCGACGGCUUUUUUGCAGAAAUUCUUCGCUUGACGCCAACGUCCGUUGACGACGUCUUACUAGAGGCCGACGGCACGUGGAGAACACCCGACGGGCGCUACUCGUCUUCAAACCCGUUCAGCGCUGCUGCCGCGAAGGGCGAAGUCAUAUCGCUCGACUCAGACGACGACGAUUAG